AUGGCGGCCUGUUGACAAUCCAAGCAUUCGUCGAAGGAGAUCAUUCAUUGUGUUGCAUCAAAAAGUAAUGUACAUCUCGUUGCAUCUAUGAUAUUGAUUGAUAUUGUCAUCAGUUUACAGACAUUCAUUAAUAAGUGUCAAAAUCGUACAUUUUGAUUACUUGAGUACGAACCACACAGUUGAACUCUGCAAGUGCAACGCGUCUGUGAAACGCUUAAACUCCACUGUGGGCUAUUGAUAGUGUAGACAAUUUGCGCAGUCCCAUGGCCGGUCAUCACCCUGGGCAUCCUGGACCACCUGGUUUUGGGGUCGGUGGUCCUAAUCCACAAACAAAAGAAGUCAACACUGCGUCAUUGUGUCGAAUCGGACAAGAAACAGUCCAAGAUAUUCUUAUCAAAACCACAGAAAUUUUCAAUGUAUUGAAGACUACUCAGCUGCCAAAUGGAGUGUCUUCGUCACCAGCCAACCAUCAAGAAAGACACGUCAAGUUACAGGAGUACUUAAGAAAUAUCAGUAUGCUGUUUAAAAAGCUGCGAUUAGUCUAUGAAAAAUGCAAUGAAAACUGUGCUGGACUUGAUCACACAAAUCCUGAGGAGCUUAUCCCAUGGCUUGAAGAAGACUCUGAGGUCAAGCCAGAACACAUGCCUCCAACCACAGAGAAGUUUUACUUUGCAAAAGAGGAGCAGAAGGACAUUAUUGAAAAAAUCCGUGCAAAGAACACUCAGUUGAAGACCAUAAUGGACCAGCUGCGGAGUUUAAUGUGGGAUGUGAAUGUCAUGAUGAUGAUGAGUAAAACGUGAAAUGACAGCGCCCUCAAACAUGAAUCAUACAUAUGUGGCAGGAUUUUGAAAAGAUUGCAGAAGUCGACGUUGUUUAUUACAAUGCAUUUUCAAGACGAUUGAACCACAAGAAAUUGUUCUAUUCAAAAUGGCUACUUGGUACUUCAACCUUGCAAUGACUGGUCACCCUCUCACUGUGCAGUAGUUGGUUUGACUGGGGGGAGGAUGCAACACUUCAAAUGUGGGCAUUGUGUCCAGGAGAGGCUUGUGGUAUCCCAUCUGUAAUUUUCAUGAUCCAUGGACGAGAGCCUCCCACCCCCCAAAGUUAAUAUACCGGUACAAGUAGUAUACUUCCUGUAUCAUAGUAGACAGCGCCCUCAAAGUGAUAUGCAUGCAGAUGCUUUUCAUUUUUUUGCAUUUAUGGUAUUCAAAGAAUGAUUGGUUGUUGCUCUUGCUAGUUUAUAAGAAUCCAUCAUUUCCUCAGUGCUGAACACUGCCACCAAAUCAAGGAUUUUUUCCAACCAAAUCAAGGUUUAGAUGAACAGUGCCCUCUGGUGGCUAUGUCAUGAAUUACUUUCUCAAAACUAAAGUUCUUGAUCCAGUAGUAAUGAUUUUUAAUUUUUGGAAAUAAAGAUAUUUUGAUAUA